GCGAUCUCACUUGUUCUGUGAUUUUGUGUGAAUUAUGUGGAAUUAAUUACUACAUAUUAUCUAAAAUUUAAUAUUUGCUAUGCUCACGUAAAGAAAGUGAUUUGAAAUUAUAUUUGAACGGCAACCAAUAUUUUGAUCGCGCCAUUUGACUCGUGAAGUGAUACCAGUGAUCAAGGUUUGCAACUCCCGUCAAAAUGGUGAAAGUGUACGGGCUUCUAGUUCUGUACAAAGGAGUAAACAGUGCGACAAUUUUAAAAGAUGCCUACGACUUAUCAAGUUUUAGCUACUUCCAAAAAGGUUCAGUACAAGAGUUCAUGUCAUUUGUUAGUAAAACUAUGGCGGAGAGGACACAGCCAGCUGCCAGACAGUCAGUAAAGGAAGGAGAGUAUAUGCUGCAAGUGUAUGUGAGAGCGGACAACCUAGCAGGCGUCCUUAUUUCAGACCAUGAAUACCCCAGCAGAGUUGCGCACACAUUGAUUACCAAAAUAUUGGAUGAGUUCACAGCAAGAGUGCCCGCUACCACUUGGCCGACAGCCAACAACACAACUGUAGACUUCCCUGUGUUGCCACAAUAUUUAGUCAAGUACCAGAACCCCAGAGAAGCUGAUGCUCUUACAAAAAUCCAGGAGGACUUAGAUGAGACAAAGAUUAUCUUACAUGACACAAUAAAGGCAGUGUUAGAGAGAGGUGAAAAACUAGAUGACCUUGUUGCUAAGUCUGACAGCUUGUCUUACCACAGUAAAGCAUUCUACAAGACUGCCCGAAAGACCAAUAGCUGCUGUAACUUCUGAAGAACUAUGUGUCAUUUGAAUGGCCAUAGUUGUUUUAGAGCAAAGUAUUAAUGUUAUACCAUACAUAGACAUUAUUAAAUAAUAAAUGUGUAUUGUGUGUGAUGUGAUGUUAUAAGCUUUUGCUUAAAACUGGGAAACUCAUUAAUAUUCUGCUAUUGUUUUACUUGACUAUGAUUAUUUUGGGGUAUUUUAGAUGUACUUUGUGUAAUCAAAUGUAUAAUGUUUAGUUUUAUGGUGUUAUCCUGCUAAUGCCAUAGAUAACCAAUGUUAGUAGAAUGAUUAUUCCAAUGUAUGUUAGUAAGGUCAUAUAAACAGCUUUUUUUUCAAAUCAUAUUGCUAGUUUAGCUACAAUGCUAAGCGAAACUAAUGAUGUCAAAGUAAUCUAUGUGAAUAGCACAAGUUUUGUUAGAUUCAAUCAAUUUGUCCGUUGUAUAUUUUUAUAUUUAGUUUUGUAAUUGUCUUUGAACAUCACAAACAUUUACUUUAUACAGUUGCCUCGUCUACAAUUUUAACAAGGCCUAUUUAGUGGUUAAAAUGAUUUUAGAUGACACUGUAUCUUACUUAACAUGUUGAAUGCCACACUCGUAAUGAUGCAUACUAAAAUCAUCAUAUGUGCCUGGCGCGGCAGCGAAAGGCUUAAUGUGUGUGUAGUUUUAUGUCUAAUUGAUAUGAAUAUUACAUACUAAACCAUACUGUAUGAAUACAAUAAAGAUGUGUUAAAGUUUGUUCAACACUGGGUUUUCACAGUUGUGAUGUUGGAAUAUGUUAUCUUAUAAUUUCAAAAGUUCAAACCUAUCACCUUAUUUAUAGUAUGACGUGUGACUCAUGUUUUUUUAAUUGUAAUUGUAGCCUAAACAGAUAUUAAUGUUGGGAAUCAUCAGAAUUAUGUGUUAUUUCUUGGAUUGUACCUACUUUUUGAAUAUUGUGUCUAUGAAAUAUCUAAAUACUUAUCUCACUUAUUUUUAAUUGUGUAA